AUGUCGAAACCAUCAGAGAAGCCACAAUCGCAAGCACCCGCAAUCAUGAGCGACGAACCGGGCAAGGGCAUAAAACCCCUCGGCACGCCAGACAUCACCAGCCUGCAGCGCAUUCGCCAGGUCUUCGCGCAGCCAGUCCUGGCUUCUUUUGUUGCUGGCGGCGUAGCGGGCGCUGUAUCACGAACUGUCGUAUCCCCGCUCGAACGCCUUAAGAUCUUGUUUCAGGUCCAGAGUGUUGGUCGCGAAGAAUACAAAAUGUCGGUCCCCAAGGCACUGGCUAAGAUGUGGAGGGAAGAGGGCUGGAGAGGCUUCAUGGCUGGAAACGGUACCAACUGCAUACGCAUUGUGCCGUACUCUGCUGUGCAAUUCAGCGCAUACAACGUCUAUAAGCGAUUCUUCGAGAGCGAACCAGGCGCGCCCCUCGAUGCCUAUCAGCGACUAUUCUGUGGUGGUCUUGCUGGUAUCACAUCCGUAACCUUCACUUACCCACUCGAUAUCGUCCGCACCCGUCUAUCCAUUCAAUCCGCAUCGUUUUCCGAUCUCAAGAAGGAAGCUGGCCAGAAGUUACCGGGCAUGUGGGCGUUGCUUGUGAAUAUGUACAAGACCGAGGGUGGCAUUCCGGCGCUAUAUCGUGGCAUCCUUCCCACCGUGGCAGGUGUCGCACCGUAUGUCGGCCUUAAUUUCAUGGUCUACGAGAUUGCCCGUACAAAAUUCACACGCGACGGCCAGAAGGAUCCCGGUGCUAUUGGCAAGCUAGGAGCAGGUGCCGUCUCCGGUGCUGUCGCGCAGACCAUCACAUACCCGUUUGAUGUUCUGCGGCGGAGAUUCCAGAUCAACACCAUGAGUGGCAUGGGGUACCAGUAUGCGGGAAUCGGUGAUGCUAUCAAGCAGAUCAUCAAGACAGAAGGCUUUAGGGGUCUCUACAAGGGUAUCGUACCCAACCUUCUCAAGGUCGCGCCCAGCAUGGCUAGCAGUUGGCUCAGCUUCGAGAUGACACGAGACCUGCUGAUGGGCAAGCUGAACUCGGGCUUUUUGUAG